GUACAGGCAGCCUCAGCCUGUUCAUCAAAACGAAAAAAAAACCAAGUGCACAAAACCGCACCUAAAUCUUAAAUGGCGAAGCAGGAGGUGAAACUUUUGUCAUUUUGGCCUAGCCCAUUUGCCUGGAGGGUUGAAUGGGCUCUAAAGCUGAAGGGUGUUGAUUAUGAGUACAUUGAAGAAGAUGUCUUCAACAAGAGCUCUCUUCUUUUGAAGCUGAACCCAGUUCAUAAAAUGGUUCCAGUCUUGAUUCAUGACGGGAAAGUCAUCCUUGAAUCAUUCAUCAUUCUUGAAUACAUCGAUGAGACCUGGAAACAAAAUCCACUGCUGCCUCAACAUCCUUAUGAAAUAGCCCAAGCACGAUUUUGGGCUAAAUUCGCAGAAGAGAAGCUUAUGGAUGCGGCAUGGACUGCUAUGUGGUCCCUAGGAGAGAAAAAGGAGAAUUCACGAAAAUUAGCCAUAGAGGCUGUGGAAAAGAUAGAGGAAGUGAUAAAAGGGAAAAAGUUUUUUGGAGGGGAAAGCAUUGGGUAUUUGGACAUUGCACUGGGAUGGAUCGCUUACUGGCUGCCUAUUUGGGAGGAAGUUGGGUCCACGCAGAUUGUGGAUCCUGCAAAAUUUCCUGCCAUCAUUGCAUGGAUGAAGAAUUUUCUGAAUCACGGACUGAUCAAACACAAUUUACCACCUAGGGACAGAAUGCUUGUUUAUUUUCAUGAGCUUUGGCGUAGCAAAACCUUGUCGGCUGUCCAGCAGGGGUGAUUUUCAUUUACAGUUUAGUUCUACGUGUUGGGUAUGUUUGCAAGUAAUGCAUUUUAGUUUGGUCAUGUGAGAAUUUUUCUAAUUAUGCUCUUUGAGACACAGAAAUUAUGUAGAAAGCUUGUUCAGUUCUUCAUGAAUUUUGUCUAAUAUUUGAAGGGAUCUAGCUAGCUAGAAGACUUCAAAUAAAUACGUGUUGUACUGUUGAUUGUGUAAGCCCUGUCAAAUGAAAUAAAUUUGCAUUAUAUGUU